AUUGAUUGUUCAAGAUCACCAUUAGUUUGACUCUAAGGUUAUCAAUCCUUGAUGAUGAUUAACAAUUUAAAGUAAAUAACUUAACAAUCAUUGAUAAUUAAAAAAAACAAUGACAAUUUAUUUUCAAUUUACUUUGUUUACAAUUAGUUUGAUGAUCAUGUUUAAUGAGUUUGAUUGUUAGUUAACUGUUGACCACAAAUUGGAUCAAAUCUCAAAAUGAAGUUAAUUGUUUCAUCUCUUUUUUUAAUUGUGAUUACGGUUAAUCAAACAUCACCAAUGGCUUUAGAUUAUUUAAAUCAAUUUAAAGAUAAUCGAUUCCAACAAUCAGCUGUUCCUCGCCAAUCAAAUUAUCAUAUUGAUUCACGAUUCAAAUUAAAUGAAACAGAUCAAUCAAUUGAUCCUCCAAUUAAAUUGUUAUUUCAAAAUGGACUAAAUCAAAAGAAUCAAGUUAAUCAAUCAACAAUUAGUUUACUUCCAUGGGAAGAGGACUCUUGGCAAUAUUUCACAACAACGACAAUUAAAUCAACUACUAAUUCAAUCCAACCCUCAGUAAUAAUUAAUCAACCAUCUUCAUCAUCAACAACUUUACCAACAACAAUUAAACAAAUCAUUUCAAGUCCAUUGCCAUGGGAAGAGGAUUAUGGUUUUAAUUUUGCUCCUAAUCAGAUUUCAUCGUCAUCAACAGUUAAACCAUCGGAUUCAACCACAAUUAAAUCAACAACUCUAAACACAAUCAGUACAACAUCAGCAGCGUUUCCUGAACAUUUCAUAUUUAAUUUGAUUCCGUUGAAACCGAUAAUUAAUAUUUCUGAUCCUAAUUGGCCAAAGUUUCCUGUUAAAAAACCAAUAAGCAAAUCAAUACUUUAAUUGUUACAAUUAAACUUUUACCCUUCCAUCAAUUGUAUCUUCAGUCAUAAACAAUUGAUUAUCAGUCAAAAUUUAUUAUCAUUUCCAAGUAAAGACUUGUAAAAUAUGUAUCACAAUUAAGUUAAUUAUCUUCCUAUCAUCGGCAAUAAUUAACUUAUUAGAUAAAAUUUAAUUAAAUCGUAGUAACAACAAUCAAUUGUUAUUCAGCGUGAACCAUAUAUAAAGCUAAUUAAAACCAAUCAAACUAAUUAAUGUUUACCUUCAUUAAUCAGCAUAAA